AUGUCCGAGGAGACAGGGACCACAAUGUAUUUUUACAAUGUUUAUUCUUCAGACACAUACUCUGUGGAGUACAGAGUUCCAAAUGGGGCAGCCGAUCCUCUGGAGAGCGAGAUGGGGCCGUUCCUUGGACAGUGCACCAGCGAGUUGAGUGGAAAGAUGGAGAGAUUCGUCACCACGGGUGCCAAGUCUUACGCAUACAAGGAGACGUUGGAAAACGGAGACAGCAAGAUCAAAGUCAAAUCCAAAAGAAUCUCCCUCAACUCGGAAGCUUCCAAGAAGGUCACAAUGGAGCAGAUGGAGGAAAUGGUUGAAGAAGUGUUGGCAGGCAUAUCACGCUCCACCAUCAAAGUCCCACAGCAGCAGGUUCGAAGAGACCGGAACCACGAUGUAUAUUUCAAGGAAGUAUCAAAGAAGUUUCGGUUCACAUUCGACAAGCGACGGGUACUACCGGACGGGUCCACGCUACCAUAUGGAUAUUGUAAUUAA